CAUGAGAUGGCGCUAAUUACGCGAUUAACUCUGACUGGCAAAUAGAAGGAUAUUAGUUAUUACAGUAGAGACCGAAACCGACGAAGUUAUUCUGUUAUUGUUAUAAACGAAAACUUAAUAAUAUGUCUGAAGUGAAGAGACUUGUAGCAGCUAUCAUCCAGUUCCUUGGAGACCAGCUUCAUAAUGGAGAUUUAACAUCAGAUGCUAAGGAAAGUCUUGAAAUUGCUAUACAGUGUCUAGAAACAGCGUAUGCAGUUCGCCAUGAUAGCCCCACUACAGCUUCGGUCACUACCAACCGAUCUCUUCUUGAAAUUUUUAGUGAUGCAACACAGCGACAGUGGUGUUUGGGUGAUGGUUUGUCAUCUACUUUACCACCACAAGCAUCUGAACAAGACAAAGAGAAGGCAGAAAAACUAAAAAAUGAAGGAAAUAAUCUUAUGAAACUUGAAAAAUAUACUGAUGCGAUAGAAUGCUAUACUAAAGCUAUUAAGUUGGAUGGUAGUAAUGCUGUAUAUUACUGUAAUAGGGCAGCUGCCCAUAGUAAGUUAAAUGACCACCAUGCAGCCAUAGAAGACUGUGAAAUAGCUAUUCGUAUUGAUUCAACAUACAGUAAGGCUUAUGGCCGGAUGGGGUUAGCAUUCGCUAGUUUAGAUCAACAUGCUCGUGCUCGGGACUGUUACAAAAAGGCAGUAGACCUUGAUCCUCAUAAUGAGAGCUAUAUUACCAACCUUCGGGUAGCAGAAGAGAGGCUGAAGGAAAAUCCUCAAGGAUCAGCAGGUGCCCAGACUGGAGAAGCUAGUGGAAAUGUACCAAAUACAUCCCUAAAUUUCUCUAGCUUACUGACUAACCCAACAUUGAUGAACAUGGCCACACAACUCAUGCAAGAUUCCAACAUGCAGAACAUGAUGAGUAAUUUGAUGCAAGGAUCACUGAGUCAGGGUGGAGGUGGAAUGGAGGCGCUAUUACAAGCUGGACAGCAAUUAGCAGCUCAAAUGCAAGCAUCAAAUCCUGAACUUGUUGAACAGUUACGGAGACAGAUGGGAAAUCAAAAUCCUCAAAGUCAGGAUAGACCAGGACCUGAUCAGUAAAUAGCAAAUGCCCAGUGUGUAUAUUGACCGUGGCUUAAGAAUGAUAAAUAGUUUUGAACAUCUUCCAUAAAUAUGGGAAAAAAAGAAAGAUUGACCAACAAGUUAGAUACAGUCAUAAGUUGUCACCUUACACAUACUGAGACUUGCAUUUAAAAAUUUUGGAAAUAUUAAAUGUUCUUUUGUCAUAUUACCCACAUGUGAUGCUGUUCCUCUACUGUAUUAUUUUCUUUAUACAAGAAAAACAUUUUAGAAACA